AUGGAAGGAGCGGAGGUGGUUGCUGGGUUUCUGGCGUGUCUCUUCGUUUACAUGGCGGUGGGAGCUAUGAAUGAGAGGAGAAGACGUUUGGAAGAGGACUUCGACAGGGCUGAAAGGAUUCUUCUACAAUGUGCACGGCGUACUGCUCCCAUUGUUUGGACCCACAAGAGAAGUGAGGAAUGGUGGAAAGUGGUUGUGCCGACUUUCUCUGAUGAGCAGUGGGUGCAAAAUUUCCGCAUGUCAAAGGAAACCUUUGCAUAUCUGUGUCAGCGGGUGCAACCAGCGCUGGAGAAGCAGGACACAAAUUAUCGGCUGUGUGUUCCCCUCCAGCAAAGGGUAGCUAUAGCGGUCUGGAAACUAGCAACAAAUGCAGACUACAGGAGUGUUGCCCACCUAUUUGGGGUAAGCCGAUCUACCGCCUGCAAAUGCUUAAAGGCCUUCUGUUCUGCUGUGGAGGACAUACUGUGGCCUGAAGUUAUCCAGUUCCCUAGUGCAGAUACGCUUAAUGAAAUGGCGAACUACUUCGAAAACAGGUGGGGGUUGCCACAAUGUGUUGGAGCCAUAGAUGGUUCACACAUUCCAAUCCUGGCACCGCAGGAGUACCAUACCGAGUACUAUAACAGGAAAGGUUGGUACUCUAUUGUCCUGCAGGCAGUAGUGGAUGGGAGAGGACUUUUCUGGAGUGUGUUCGCUGGGCUGCCUGGCAGUCUGCAUGAUGCCAGAGUACUGCGAAGAUCCGGACUCUGGAAUAUGCCUGACAGGAUGUUCACAGGACGUAAUCGUGUCAUUGAGGGCCAUGACAUGGGGUAUUACAUCUUGGGCGAUGCUGCCUAUCCCCAGAUGAGCUGGCUCAUGAAGCCAUUCAUGGACAAUGGCCGCCUAACUGCAGAGCAGUCAAAUUAUAACUUCAAGCUCAGCAGAGCUAGGGUGGUGGUAGAAAAUGCUUUUGGAAGACUGAAGGGAAGAUGGCGAUGUCUGCUGAAAAGAAAUGACUGCAGUUUAGAGACAGUGAAGUCUAUGGUGGUUACGUGCUGUGUGCUACACAAUCUGUGCGAGAGCCAUGGGGAGGACUUUAGGGAGGAAUGGGCUGACCAGGUGAACCUCAACCAGCCUGAUGCACCGCCGCUAGACGGAGCAGAUGCAGACUGA